CGUCGAACACCCAAAUUUGGCAUCUCCACUGGUAGUUGCUGCUAAUAAGCUAUAUAGAAUUCAAAAGAAUUCAUUCGAAAUUCAGAAAUGGAGGCUAAUAGGUCGUUAUUCCAAUUUCACGACUCUAUAAUUUUAGAUUGCCCCUUCGAAUCAUCAUCUUCAUUUGAUUCACCCCAACCGCAAUCGCAUUCUUUCACCCCAUCAUCAUCAUCAUCAUCAUCAUCGUUAUCAACAUCAUCUUCGUCAUCAUCAUGGGAUGAGGUGCUUUUCCAGCACAAUUGCGAUUUUCUUCCCUUCAAUUUCAAUGACUCUCAAGACAUGUUUCUUUUCGAUGUCCUGGCCGAGGGAGCAGGAGCCUCUGCCAGAGAUGCUUCUUUGAGACAAUCCUCCUCGGAAACCAACUCCAACUCCAACUCCAACUCCAACUCCUCCGGCGGCGGCGUUAGGGAGGAAGAGGUGACUUCCAACGUCACAAAAGAAACAAACAAGGAAAAGAGUUACAGAGGAGUCCGCAGGCGGCCGUGGGGAAAAUAUGCAGCUGAAAUCAGGGAUUCCACGAGGAAGGGAAUCCGGGUGUGGCUCGGAACGUUCGAUAGCGCCGAAGCUGCUGCUUUGGUGUACGAUCAAGCUGCAUUUUGUAUGAGGGGUCCCAUGGCCGUGCUCAAUUUUCCUGUGGAUGUGGUGCAAGAGUCCCUUCGUGAUAUGAAAUGCGGUUCUGAAGGAGGAGGAGGAGGGUGCUCUCCCGUGGUGGCACUGAAGCACAGGCAUUCAAUCAAAAAGAAAAAAUCCUCAAUUAGGAAUCACAAAAUUGCACGAGAGGCGGCAGCCAAGGUAGAGAAUGUGGUUAUAUUGGAGGAUUUGGGAGCUGAAUAUUUGGAAGAACUAUUAAAUUCAUCAUCAGAAAUCCCUGCUGCCCUGUGACUCUCUCUGCUGUACCGCUCAAACAACAACAAUUCCUUCUCCGUUUGUACAUAAAUUUGCUCCUUUCCUUCUUUUUUUUUUUCUUUUCUUUGAAAAAAGAGAGAACCUUUUCUUUUUCCAGUCAUUUCUGUUCCCUCUGAGGAUGUGUGAUUUUUUUCUUUUCCUUUUGUUUUAAGAAAAAGGCGAUCAGCGUAAAGUAAUUACUACUAAUUAAUUACCAGUGUUAUAUUCUGGGCCCGUUCAUCCAUUUUGAUUCUGUCUUCGGCUGUACAGUUGGACGCCAUGUACUCGUGCGGCCCGGCCCGUAUGCGAUUUUUCAGGUCUAACGAGAUUGGGAUUGGAGAAUUUUGAGGAU